UUUAAUUGUAAUGCUUUGUUCAGAUAUUAACCUUCAACAGUAGAAGCCUGAUACAAGGUCUGUAAUGGCUGGUGGUAGGCCUCUUGUGGCUCUGCUGGAUGGCAGGGACUGCAGUGUAGAAAUGCCAAUACUGAAGGAUAUUGCAACUGUUGCAUUUUGUGAUGCCCAGUCUACACAAGAGAUACAUGAAAAGGUUUUAAAUGAAGCUGUUGGGGCUCUUCUGUACAACACCAUAACCCUUACUAGGGAAGACCUAGAUAAAUUUAAAGCCCUUAAAAUUGUGGUUCGAAUUGGUGCUGGGUUUGAUAAUGUGGAUAUAAAGGCAGCAGCUGAGAUGGGAGUUGCAGUUUGCAAUGUACCAUCUGGUUCUGUAGAAGAAGUGGCAGAUUCAACCCUGUGUCAUAUUCUUAACCUCUACAGACGUAUAGUAUGGCUUCACAUGGCUGUAAAAGAUGGCAGUCGACCACAAUCAGCGGAAAAUAUUCGUGACCUUGCCACUGGUGCAACUCGCAUGCGCGGAGAUACGCUCGGCAUAAUUGGAUUAGGAAGAAUAGGCACUGCUGUUGCACAAAGGGCGAAGGCUUUUGGUUUCAACAUUUUGUUUUACGAUCCGUAUUUAUCUGAUGGAAUUGGAAAAGCAUUAGGGUUUUCAAGAGUUGCUACUUUGCAAGAUCUAUUGUAUCAGAGCGACUGUGUAACUCUUCACUGCAACCUUAAUGAGCAUAACCAUCAUCUCAUCAAUGACCACACCAUCAAGCAGAUGAGACAGGGGGCUUUCCUCGUAAAUACAGCUCGAGGGGCACUUGUAGAUGAACAAGCACUCGCAACUGCUUUGAAAGAAGGUCGUCUAAGAGGAGCAGCAUUAGAUGUUCAAAAUAACGAGCCAUUCUCAUACGCGUCUUCACCACUCCGAGAUGCCCCUAACCUUAUUGUUACACCUCAUGCUGCAUGGUACAGUGAACAGAGCUGCACAGAACUAAGGGAGUCUGCUGCUGCUGAAAUCAGAAGAGCAAUUACAGGUCGGAUACCUGAUGGGUUAAGAAACUGUGUGAACAAGGAAUAUUUUCCAGCACAUGGUGUCCCUGGUCUGGCCCACCCUGUCCACCCAUGGGUUGUUGAUUCUGGCAUCAACCAACAGCCACAGGUGGCGUCACAUGAGACAAACGGAAACUAUCGAUACGGAAUGCCAAUGGUAGGCAUUUCUGGAGGUGGUGCUCCUGCUCCUGCUCUGGAUGUUGCGCCUCCGGAGAGCGUUCCUUCGAUCCGAUCUUCAAUUCCAAGCACCCUUGUUCUUCCCAAUCCUGGUAUUCCUGGAAGGGCAUCUUCUGCUUCACCGGUCAUCAAUCGACAAUCUCCAGUUCCUGGGAUCAUCGGAAAAUCUGAAGGAGACAUUCCGCAUAAAGACUGAGAUUUACCAUCCCUAUAACUGGCGGCAGUGGGACUGAGAUAUUUCUACAGCAAUUUUCGCAAAAACUUGUUGGGAACUGUAGCAAAAACAGAACUCUUUACAAACAGACUUGAUGACAACAUAUUUAGAUAGGGUUUCAAUUUUUAAAGUUACGUGCAGCAGAUCAGGGACUUGGGGAAAUCAUCACUCGCAAUGUUUUCUCAUUAUUUGAAAACCUCUUUGGUGCUCUAUUAGGUAUUUACUGCAAUUUUAUAGUAAAUUGAUUAUAAAGUUCUGUUAUUUGUAUUCCCAAAAGUGAACUGAACUUUUAAUGAAAUUAACCACAGUGGAGUCCACCAUGCAUCUAUAACUCUCCUUGAGUUCAUUAUUUGUUUCCAUGCAUAUCUUUCACCUUCUGUUUGUUGCUAACUAUCUGUUUAUUUUAGAGCAAUGUUCCGUCACUUGGAACACCAUGUGUCUGAUCAUGUAUUCCAAUCCUGUAGAAUUCUAGGACCACAUAUGUGUGUGUGUGCCAGCAUGUAUGGUUUCAAAGGUUAUCUGUUUAUGUCGGCUCCAUUGCCAUACUCUACCCCAUUUAUCAUCAAUUUUUGUGCAAUUCUGUAUCAACGGAAUGGAUUGAUGCCUUCCCAAUCAUUUCACUUGUAUCACACAGUCCAAAAUGCCUCGUGUUGAGUAAAUUUCUAAAACCCUGUAUAGUCUGUACAUAGCCCCCAUUUUUGCUGAUGAUAAUGUCUUAACAAUGCACACACGUACAUUUAAGCUAGUGCAUGUUUUGCUGCGUUUAUUACGGAAGUGUGAUAAUAAUAAAUUGCCGUGACCGACUUCACAUGAAUACACUUGACCAGGAGGAACUA